AUGGUGGCCACUGGCAUGAUCAAGGACGCCAAGGCACCUCUCAACUCGACUGGUCCAAGUGUGUGUCGCGGUUGCCAGCAAGGAAAGAUGGUUCAAAAACCAUUCCCAACCAACCGUGACAAACGCCAAUAUGGUGUGUUCGAGUUGCUGCACUUCGACAUCUGCGGGCCAAUGGAACAAGUUUCGAUCGGCGGCAGCAGAUACUUACUGCUUGUGGUUGACGAAGCCAGCGGUUGCAUGAAGGGCUUCUGUCUGCGGUCCAAGUCUGAGAGUGAAGACUGUAUCAAGAACCACAUUAUCAAGAUUCAAACUCAGUUCGGCACGAAGAUCAAGUUUGUUCGGCACGAUGGAGCGCAUGAGUUUGCGACCAACUCCAUCAAGACCUUCUACGAAGAUCAUGGUAUUGAACAACAGAUCACGGUGCCGUAUGCACACCAGACCAACGGCACCGCAGAACGCGCGAUAAGGACCAUCGUCACGAUCGGACGCAGCUUGUUGCAUCAUGCAAAGCUGGAGAAGUGUUUCUGGGCUGAAGCGGCAAUGACGGCGAUCUACAUCAAGAACCGCCUGCCUUCACCCAAGAUCGACCACAAGACUCCGUUCGAGAUCGUGUACAAGUCAAAACCAAGUGUCAAGCACAUGCGCGUGUUUGGAUGUCGGGCGUUUAUCCUGACACCAAGGGAGAAGCGAUUGAAGUGGGACCCGAAGGCUUGUGAAGGGAUGUUCAUGGGCUACGAAGAAGCGUCAAAAGCUUAUCGAGUGUACGACAUUGAGGCGGGCCAAGUGGUGAUCAGUCGUGACAUCACCUUCGACGAAUCGACUUUUGACUUUUCGAUGGACCGACCAAGUGACGAUGAUGAAGAUGCGGAGUUGGACCUCGACCUCCUGGCGAUCAACGAGGACGACGUGCGUCAAACCGUCUACAAGCAGACUGGCAAGCGCAAGAGUGAAGCAAGACCCGGCAUGUCACGGUCAGCUCGCCCUCGAACUGGGUUGGAACAAGCAAGUGCGCCGGAACACGUCUCCAACCGUCACCAGAAACGACGAUCAAGUGCUCCAGAAACGAUGUCUGAUGACGAAGAAGAUGCAAGCGUGUACGAUCAAGAUGACGACUCGACGCCUCCAACAUUUUGGCGUGCAAGUGCAAACGCAGUGGAAGCAACGGACCUAGCAGAACCUGUGACUUUUCAAGACGCGAUCAAUGGUCCUGAUCAAACUCACUGGCGAAAUGCUGUGAAGGCGGAACUCAAGUCGAUGCAUCUUCGUGGAGUUUUCCGUGCGGCAAAACUGCCAAGAGGCCAAGGCGCGAUCGGCACCAAGUGGGUGUUCAAGAUCAAGCGCAAAGCGGAUGGAUCGGUCGAGAAAUACAAGGCGCGUCUCGUUGCCAAGGGCUUCAAGCAGAAGUACGGCAUCGACUACACAGAGACGUUCUCGCCCGUGGUCAAGUACGUGACACUGCUGAUGAAGGAGAAGGUGUACUGCGUGAUACCAGAAGGCGUCGAGAUGGAUGGCGACUUCGACUGUCUCGAGUUGGUGAAGGCGAUCUACGGUCUCAAGCAAGCUUCACGUGUGUGGAACGAGACUUUCGACGAGUUCGUAUGCUCCAUCGGUUUCGAAGAGUCGGCGUUCGACCCAUGUCUCUACAUCAAGGUUGUCGACGGUCACUGUGUGCUCGUGCUGGUCUACGUGGAUGACGUGUUGGUCACCGGCAGCUCGCUCGAGUUGAUUGCGCAGACGAAGGCCGACCUCAAGACGCGUUUCGAGAUGACCGACAGUGGCAAGUGUACUUUUGUACUGGGCAUCGAACUGGUGGACGAAUCGGAUGGCAGCGUGACAAUGUGCCAGCGACGGUAUGUCAACGACAUCCUCAAGCGCUUCGGCAUGGAUGAGUGCAAGGCCACAGCAAGUCCGGUCGACUUGAGCACUCGGCUUGUCGCAAGCACCGAAGCGGCCAAGAUCGACGUUCCGUUUCGUGAAGCUGUGGGAGCUUUGAUGCACUUGACGACUGCGACGCGCCCGGACAUUGCGUAUGCUGUGGGGUACGUCUCGCGCUUCAUGGAGAAUCCGCAGCAAGAACAUUGGACGGCGGUGAAGCGCAUCUUUCGUUACUUGCAAGGGACCAAGUCGCACGGACUCCGCUUCCAGCCAAGCGACAAGAUCGACUUUCGUGGCUACUCGGACGCGGACUGGGCCGGCGACCACGCUGAUCGCAAGUCGACUUCGGGUUACACUUUCAUGCUGAUGGGUGCUCCUGUGAGUUGGGGAAGCAAGAAGCAGUCAAGUGUGUCGCUGUCGACGAGUGAAGCGGAAUACAUCGCACUGAGUCUGGCCAUCCAGGAAGGCAAGUGGGUGCAUCGCCUGCUAUGCGAGAUUUUGGCGGCCGCAAACGAACCAGGACCGGACCUCGUCAUCCGUGAAGACAACCAGUCGUGCAUCAAGAUGACGAAGAAUCCGGUGAAUCAUGGCCGCGCCAAGCACAUCGACAUCAAGUACCAUCACAUCCGUGAUGAGGUCAAGCGCGGGGAAGUGCAGCUCGAGUAUUGCGAGACUUCCGUGAUGAUGGCGGACAUCAUGACCAAGGGACUUUCGGGACCUCGUCACAAGGACUUGACGACGGCUCUCGGCAUUCGUGCGAGUUCGGAUUGA